AUGGGUCUCUUGCCCGGCUAUCAGCAACCUCAAGCACACCCUUUUCUCUACCCCCACCUCACUAACUCCAAUGCUGUCAACUAUCCGAUCUGCAACCAAUUCCCCCAACAUCAACAACAACCAACGACGACUGCGGCAACCGCAACGAAUGGAACCGGUGAAGUCGGCUCGGGCAAUGCCGCCGUUUUAGGCCAGGAUUCAUCGUUGCAAAUGGAAAACAAGCAUAGUGAAGAUUUCCCCAGACCACCGAAGGAGCUGGAGUGCUAA